AUGACAGAGAUCGAAAUGGAUCUCGAUAUGGCUAAGUCGGGCUUGGAUGGCCGAGCCGUAGACGAUAUGAUCGACUUUGAUACCGACAUGGCCGACUCCAACCAAGACCAGGAGAACGAUGACAAUCUCAAAAUGGUAGACAGAGAGAUGCAAGAGGAUGGGGAUGAUUUGAACCAUCACGCCUAUGAGAUGAAUGGGAUGAUGGGCGAAGACGUCGAAACCAACCUGGACAAUGUUGAAGACAUAGCACACAGUCGAGAAGAUGUGGACUACAAAGUGAGCGAGGCUCCUGAAUUUCCGGCCCAAGAGCCUGCUGCUAAAGCACAGCUCUCUGACGACGGCAACCAAGGAGAAGGAGAAGGAAACGCCAAAGAUAUGAACGAAACGGCGAUUCUGACAGAUGAUGUAUCAGAAGACUAUGCAUCUGCGCACGAAAUCGAUUAUGAGUAUGAAGAAGAGACAGAACACACACGAUCUCUGCAAGAUGCGACCGCAGACCCUACGAGCCAGCCAACAGAGUCCGAGGAAGAGCAUGCACCCGAACCUGCUACACACCAUGGAAGCCACCACGCUGGAAAUAGUACCCCUGUAAUCGAGCGGGACGACACCGAACAUGUCCAAGAAGAAAGACAUACCCCAAAUAGACACGACGACCAUUAUGGACCCCAGAGCCCACCUGAAGCAAUAAUCGAACAUGAGGUGGUUGCAUUUGAUGGUACUGAGGUUGAAGGCCUGGCUGCGGAUGAGGACGCGCAAGCAAAUGCUAUCAAAGGCAAUGAAGAACUUCGUGAAGAGGACUACGUAACCAGUCACGAAAAGACCGCGGAUCUUGGGAUGGGACAAGAUCAUGGGACCCUUGAUUACGAUGAAACUGCUGCGGUCUAUACUUAUCACACGGGCGAGAAUGACCCAGAUACACACAAUGAAGACGAGAUGCUCGAGCCGGAUUAUGCAAACAAUCCAGCUUCUGAUGAGGACUUGAAUGGGAAGUCAAAUGAUGACUUCCCUGCUAUCACGGUACAGUAUAAGGGAGAUGAAUUCCCUAUGUUCUCUACCACCAAUAGCUUUUUUGCCGACACAUCGGUCCUCGAUCAACCGCUUGAGGAACUGCUAGCUGGCCUUCGAAAUGAGCUAGAGAACGAGGUCGCCAUAGACGAUGACUUGGUACUCCAGGUUGACGAGCUUGGCCUCGAAAUUUCAGAAGCAACCAAGGGGGAACUCAUGUCAAAUGUCACUUUUCGUCAAAUCCUUGAGAUUUUCGACCUUCUUAUCAAGAACCAAGACCCUGAUAGUUCACGAACGCUCUAUACAUAUCUCUUUACUAAACCCAACACAGAGAAGCGUCUGGAAUCGCUCAUUGAGAGUGCUGCCGCCGGCAAAGGACUUGACGAAGUUAUUCACCUCUUUGAAACUCCUGCGACGGUUGACGCAAGCAUACUCGAAACAGCUGCGACAAUCGACGGCGUUCACGAGGAGCUAGACGAGUUCGACAGCCCGGUUGAUGAGUAUCCUGACGAAGAACAAAGCCGCGAUGGUGAACAUAAUGAGGGAGAUGAAGUGGAAGUUGAUGACAAGUAUUCAACAGUGGAACCUACGAGCCUCGGUACCUCUGUUCCUGGGGCACAAGAGGCGGUCAGCCACGAGGGAGAUGUUCAAGACGAUUACGAAGUUGAUGCCGAGACUCGGGUCGAAUUGCCAACCGAUGCUUCUGCCGGCGAAGCAUUGCUAGAAGUCGCCGAAGACGCUGACGCAGCUACUGAGAACGAAAACCAUGAACAAAACGGUAAAGCAACCUCACACUCCACCGAUUCCCUUUGUUGCUACUCCCCUUACUUCUGUCUCUGCAGAGCCUGCGUCUCAGAGUACGUUGCAAAACACAACCAAGAAGAAAGAGUAUAUCGACAAUCCCUAAAGGGCAAUGAAAGGCACAUUGUCGGCCCAAAGCUCAGAAUGCCAAUUCCCAACCCUUCCCCUUCCAAACAUGCACAUUCCGCCUCCGAUUUCAGUACAGCCUUUCCUUUCAAUGAAACUGACGAAUUUUGCCUAGCACACGCUGCAAGUGAUGUCGACCCAUUUGCCAAUCUUGAGUUGGAUGAUGACGCUGAGGUGAACGGCAACGUAAUUCUCGAAGCCACGGAGCAGACGGAGCAGGAUUACCUUGUUGAAACCGAAGCUAUCAGUGCCCAGACUAAUGGCACGAGCACCACAACUACGCUUCAGGAAGAAGAGGAAGCAGCGGCUUUCAACAUUGAUCUUGGCGAAGUUUCUACUGAAGCCGAGGUGACAGGCAAUGUCGAUGUCGAGGAGAAUGACUUGAACGAAAUCGACUGGAGGGACGAACCAGAGGCAGACGAUCAAGGGCCAACCACUCCCUCUGCCGCCGGUAAGCGAUCCCGCGAUGACGAUGGCGAACAUGAAGUGGAAGUCGAGCAAGAUGCCAAACGCCGUCGCCCCUGA